AAUGCAUAAUGCCCUCUCUAACGGCGAUGCAUCACCGCCGAUAUGGAGAUUUCCCCAUCCCAACUCUCUUCCAUUCGUCCGCCGCCGGAAAAUCUCUCGUCUCCCUCCUCUAAUGCACCGCAUUCCGAUCACCGUCAUUCACUCAUAGCGGGGAGGCUCAGAGACGCCCUCUUCUCCGCCGUCGCUGCCAAAUAUUCGACCAAUGGCACCGCCCACUCUUUGCCCUUCCUCUCCGACCAGUUCAAGUCUGUUAUCGACUGCCGCCUUCGUGAGAAUUUCCCCUCUUUUCAAACUCCUACACAUCUUCCUUAUGCCUCGAUGAUACAGAGAGCAAUAGCUGAAGUUGGAGAGGAAGAUGGGUUGAGUGAGGAGUCGAUAUCAGAGUUCAUCGUGAAUGAGUAUGAGGACUUGCCAUGGGCACACUCAGCGUAUUUGCGUCGCCAUUUGGGGAAGCUCUGUGAAAAUGGGGAGCUAGUGAAAUUGAAAUGUGGGAGGUAUAACUUUAAGGUGGAGGAUAAGGGAGUAAAGAGGAAGAAACGGAGGAGGAAGACGGGAGGAAGGAGUCGGUAUCGAGAAGUGGAGAGUGCCGAUGAGAUAGAAGAGGGUUUUGAUAGGAAAAAACGAUCAAAGAAAUUGAAGGUCAUAGGACCCCGUGUGGAGGAGGUGGUCACAAGUAAAGGGAGUGAAGAACAAAGUGAUUUUUCUAGAGAGGUGACUGUUGGAGUUGAAAAUGUAGAUCACGUUGGAGAAGGGCAAGUUGUGGUGAAUGAAAAAAAAAAAGUUGAAGUAGAUGAAAUGGUUGACAAACAGCAUGGAGAGAAAAGCAAGCAUAUAUAUGGGGCUAAAGUUUUUAACCGGAAAAAUCAAUCUCGAAAUCUGGUGAUCCUAGGUCUUCAUGCGCCAUUAGCUAAUAAGGAGAUGGAAAAACAAAGUGGUUCAUUUGGGGAAGAAGUUUGUGAAGUUGAAGAAGGAGAUCACGCGAAAGGAGGCCAAAUUCAAGUGCGUGGUGAAGUUAAUGAAGUUCAAGCAGAUGUCAUGAUUCACCAACCUUGUGAAAAGGAAGUCAAGAGUAGAGAUGGUUUUCAAGAUUUUGAUGACAAAAAGCAAUCACAGAAUGUAGCAGCUGGAAAUCUCGGUGCACAGGAAGCACUAACAAUGACAUGGAAUGAAGAAAAACGUGGUUCACCGAGAGAAGAAAUUUGUGGAGCUAAAGAAAGAGGUUAUGACCAAGACAGGCAAGCAAUAAUGAUAUAUGAACUUAAAGAAGUUAAUGGUAGUGAUGAGGUUGAAGAUUUUGGUGGGAGAAAACAAUCACAGGAUCUAAUGGUUGUUGGACUUCAUGCAAAAGAGGCACUAAUGACUAAAGGGACUGAAGACGAAUGUAGUUCGUUUAGAAAAAAUGUUGGCGACGGGGUUGAAGGAAAACAUGCACAAGCUGGCCAAACUGAAGUGCUAGAUAAAUUCAAAGAAGUUCAAGUUGAAAUGAUUGACGAGCACCCUGAGGAGGAAAAACAAGGAGAAAGGAUGGAAGAACCAAAAGAGAGAGCAUCCUUGGGAUCAAUCAGAGAACCUGUUGAAGAAGCCACUUUGGAGUUCUUUGAUGCUAUGUCGUACCAUAGCAAUGCUGAAGAAAAUGGAGUGAUUGAUGAUGCUGAAGGUUGCAAGAAGUUACUAGAGGAAAAUGAAAAUUUUGAAUUCUUUGACGCGAAGUCUGACCAUGGCUACGAUGGGGUGAAUGAAAUAAUUGGUGCUCAAUCUUCUAAGAAGACGGUACUAGGUGAAGUUAGCAAUAAACAAAAUAGACUGGAAGAACAACGACCAUCCAAGUUUAGUGAUGAUCAAACUGAAAUAAGGAACGGUUGCGAGGCCGAGGACCUUCAACUAACCAAGGAGCAUUCCCAAGUUAGAUGGCCAUCUGAAAUAACUGGAACUCUAGCGAAGCAUUCAAAACAAGAGAUGUCUAGAACUUCUGAGGCAGACAAAAAUGAGAAGUCCGAGGCAUUAUCGCCUGAAGAUAUUAUUUGUAGUCCAAGUCAACCUUGGGGGCAUCGUGGUCAAGGGAGGCCUCGGAAGUUGAAAGUUCAAGAAAUUUUGGCAACUUCAUUAUCCUCAUUUGCUCGAGAUGGUGACCAGCGAUAUCUGGCAUCAAAUGUUGUAGACGGAGAGGCAUUUGACUCAAAUACAAGUUAUGGCACUCAUCAUAUUGAUCAGCAAGGACUCAACCUGCCAAGAGGUCGGGGGAGAGGCCGAGGAAGGCAUCGAGUAGUUAGACAAGACCAGAAUUCAAGGUCACAGACAUGCUCACCUUCCAAGCAUUUGAAUCAUCGGCAAUCUCCUGGAAAGAUACGUGGGAGGCCUCUGAAACAAAAUUUUGAUGAAGAUAUUGUAUCAAAGGAUAUCUCGACUUCUUUAGAAAAUAAACACCAAGAAGAUAAAGGUCUUCUUGGCCGUGGCCAUGGCAUUGGAAGUUCUUCAAGUGGAAGGAUGAAAGAAAGGGGAUCAUUUGAUAAUCAGUAAUCACUAGAUGUUCAAGUGCUAACUAUAUUAAUUAGUACUUAAUAAAAUUUAACAUCUGAUUUUGUUGUAUGCUUCACUUAGUUUGCCUGUUUCCUUUUAUCAUCACACCUUAAUAAAAUUUCCACUUUUUAACUCUUGAA